GUCUGCGCCUGCAGCACGUGGGAAUCGGUCGCCUUGGUACGAAGUUUUUUGCUUCGACUAGGCCCUUGACGAGAGCCAUUUAGUGGAUAUGAAGUUGUACUGUCUGAGUCAAGAUCCAAACAAGUCAUGUUUGGUACUGAAGUAUCGUGGGACAACAUUGAUGCUAGACUGUGGGCUGGACAUCUGCACCAUCCUGAAUUAUCUGCCCAUUCCCUUAAUUCCAUCUUCCAGGCUUGCCUCUCUACCCACAUGGAAGCCUAAAGAUCAAGUGAUUCCUCAGCUUGAUGGAGUUGUCCGUGAAUGCUGCAAUCGCUUCUUUAUUGAUGGGGAACCCGAAUUUGGCACACCUCAGGAUGGGAUCAUUGAUGUCUCUGAUAUUGAUGCAGUCCUCAUCUCAAAUUACCUAUCUAUGCUUGCCCUCCCAUUUGUCACAGAGAGCCCAGGAUUCAGGGGUGCUGUGUAUGCCACAGAACCUACUCUACAAAUGGGAAGAUAUCUAUGUAGUCAGUAUAUCACAGAAGUUUGUCUCCUUGCUGAGAUUCACUCAUGUUUAUUCUCACCAUCUUGCUAUAUUCCCAUGACCAGGUUAUUCAUGGAGGAGAUCCAGGAGUAUCUUGAAGGCAGCAGCAAGCACAAUGACAAAGAUGGAUCAUGGAAGGAUUUUGUUCAUCUCCUCCCACUUCCAUUCAAUCAGAUGGGAUUCCAGGUGCACUCCUGGAAAAAGCUAUACUCCAGGGGUGUCUUGAAUGCUUCACUGGCCAAAAUCCAAAUUGCUGGAUUUAGUCAGUCUCUGGAUGUGUUUGGAGCUUUGAAGGUGUCCCCAGUAAGUUCAGGGUUUUGCCUAGGUUCAUGUAAUUGGCUCAUCACCUGCAGUCAUGAGAAGGUAGUGUACGUUUCAGGGUCCUCGACCCUAACUACCCAUCCAAGGUCCAUCGAUCAGGCAUCCUUAAAAAAUGCUGAUGUCCUCAUCCUCACUGGGCUCACCCAGACUCCAGCAUCCAAUCCGGAUGCAAUGCUAGGGGAUUUCUGCAUGACUGUUGCGCUGACAGUCAAGAAUGGGGGAAGUGUUCUUGUCCCAUGCUAUCCUUCUGGAGUAACUUAUGAUCUUUUUGAGUGCCUCUCAUCUCAUUUGGAGACAUCCUCCCUCAGCCACAUUCCCAUGUACUUCAUCUCUCCAGUUGCAGACAGUUCUCUUGCAUACUCCAACAUCUUUGCAGAAUGGUUGUCGCAGUCGAAACAGAGCCGAGUCUAUCUCCCAGAAGAACCAUUCCCCCAUGCUCACUUGGUGAAGACAGGUCGUCUGAAACCCUUCAGGUCAGUGGAAGAUGAGACCCUGAAUGCAGACUUCAGACAGCCCUGUAUCAUGUUUUGCGGUCACCCUAGCCUACGCUUUGGGGCAGCUGUCCACUUCACCAUGCUCUGGGGGAGCAACCCAGCCAAUACAAUUGUUUUUACAGAACCUGACUUCAAUUAUCUGGAAGCACUGGCACCCUUUCAACCGUUGGCAUUGAAGUGUGUCCACUGUCCUAUUGAUACAUGUCUGAGCUUCAGCCAGGCCAAUAAGCUUGUGAGGGAUCUACGCCCUGGCAACCUGAUAGUUCCUGCUCAGUAUCUUCAGCCACCUUUGUUGCAUCCUCAGACAGAUUUUGUCAUCAAUGCUCCAAGUAGUGGGAGUGUGGUGGGUUUUAGACCAUUGGAGGUGGUGAAGGUGCAGGUUGGGAAAGGGAAGGAUGGUUGGGAAGCCGGGGAAUUGGAUCCUCGGCUGGCGAAAGACCUCAAGAUGUGUCAGGUGAAACCUGGCGUUCAAGUUGCCACCAUAACAGCACUCCUUGAUGUAAAGGACAACCGAUAUUCUAUUCGGGCUCUACCACAGAAGCUGGGUGAGGAUCAGACGAGUUCCUUGGAGGCCGGGAUGAACAAUAAGCCGAAGUUCUAUCCAUGGGGUCCCUUGGACAUCACAUCCCUUGUUCAGAAGCUCACACAGGAAGGCAUUGUGAAUGCCAAAGUCGAAGAGACUGCUUCUGGCUAUAUAGUCCUCCUGCAAAACGAGGAUACUGUGAUCCAGAUCGAGGAGAAGCGGACGCACAUCUUCUGCGAGGACGACGCUCGGUCCGACCUCCGAGCGAAGUUAAAUCGGAUCAUCAUGAGCUCGCUCAACAAAUUCUGAUCUCUUGUAGCUCUCGCGGAC